AUGAGUGAGUAUCCUGCCCUGCUCCCUUUGGAAGACAUCGGGUGGGCGUUGGGUCCCACCCCACCCCUCCAGCCCGGUCCCCGGAGCCGGUUCCUCCUCAGGUCGCGCUUCUCUGGCUCCAGGAUGUCGCUGUCGGCAGGGCCCGAACAGCUGCCCCAGACCAGCCCCGGGCCGGGCCGGGCCGGGCCGGGCCGGGGGAGCGGCGGGUGCCGGGUGGCUCCGCUGACCCCCCGGUGUCCCGCAGGCUGGAGGGAGGCGGUGGCGGCCGCGGCCGGCGCGCUGCAGGCGGGCGGGCUGGUGGCGGUGCCCACGGACACGGUGUACGGCGUGGCCUGCCUGGCCCAGGACUCGGCCGCCGUGCGCAGCAUCUACAGCCUGAAGGGGCGGAACGGCGCGAAGCCGCUCGCCAUCUGCCUCGGGGACGUGGAGCGGCUCUACAGGUACUGCCACGUGAACGUGCCGGACGAGCUGCUGCGGGACCUGCUCCCGGGACCCGUGACGCUGGUCCUGCAGCGUUCAGAAGAACUGAAUAAAGACUUGAAUCCUUUCACAUCACUGGUUGGUGUUCGUAUUCCAGACCACUCCUUCAUGAGGGACCUGGCACGUGCCUGCUCGGGACCACUGGCUUUGACAAGCGCCAACAUCAGCUCCCAGGGCAGCACCCUGACGGUGUCGGAAUUCCAGGACCUGUGGCCUCAGUUGUCCUUGGUCAUCGAUGGAGGCCCCAUAGGAGACAUCUGGAGCUCAGAGUGUCGCUUGGGGUCCACUGUGGUUGACUUAUCUGUGUCAGGGAAGUUCUCCAUCAUCCGUCCUGGCUGUGCACUGACACCCACAGUUGAAAUCCUGAGGCAGAAGUAUGGCUUGGUACCGGAAUCUUCCUAACCCUUGGGCCUGGGAGCAGAUGGAGCUGGGCACCGUGUGCCUGUGCACUCAGAAGUGGGUGUUUGUGGCCUUGUUUAAUAAGGUCGAUGGGUUAUGUCAAGGUAAAUAAACAAAAGAUUUAAA